CACGAUGCCACGAUCUUUCGCUGUCCAAGGGUGACUUGAGUGAUGCAUCGGUUUUGAUGCAAGUCGGGCUACGAAGAACUUGAACGAGCAAAGCACGAGCAGAAUUCUUGUACAUAAAGGCUCUCGAUAGCCAGUACGACACUCAGAUCGUCAUCAACGCAGCAUUAGCACUCAACCUGACCACAAUUACCAUUGAAAUCCAGCUAAACAGUCCACCCCACUUGCAUUCUCACACUUUCGAACACGACUUUCACCAUGUCCGAAAUCACCAAGCAAUACGAGAGUGACAUCCGCGAGUACGCCCGCGACUCCGACCCCGAGGUCGCCAAGGCUGGCAGGAUGGGCGAGUCGCUACUGUGGAAGACAUCAGGCAAAAGUUCUCGAGACAGCCUCAUAUCAUCGAUCUACCGUGCAGUGAAGCGCUUGGCGGAUGCUGUGGAGUAUGGCGGGACUGUUGAUAUCCCGAAAGCAAAGGAGGAACUUGAGGCGGAGAUUUCGAGGGCUUCUUAGAUGCAAGCUGGAAGGAUUAAAAGGCUACAGAAUGAAUGAGGGGUUGAAUGUUGAAUUGGAAAGCCCAGGUGCAUGUUGCAAGGGUCAAAAAACCGCGAAGAUAUGCAUAAGUGGAAGGAGGGAAUCGAACAGUGCUGGAGUUGGCAAGAGGGGAAGCCAGGAAAUUGAUGCAGACACACAAAAGGAAUUAAAGUAGCAGGAAGUAUUCAGGAGUAAUA